GGAUACACGGGUAGGGCUUCCGCUUCCCCCUUCUCCCUCCUCCCGCUUGUCCUCCUCAGCCAGUUGCCACCACAGCGGCGGCUGCCGGACGUGGUGUCGGUGGGUUGGUUGGUUUGUCUCUCACCGUUGGUGUCCGUGCCGUUGAAUUGCCCGCCAUGGCUGAGCUGGAUCCAUUCGGCGCCCCUGCCGGCGCCCCUGGCGGUCCCGCGCUGGGGAACGGAGUGGCCGGCGCCGGCGAGGAAGACCCGGCUGCGGCCUUCUUGGCUCAGCAGGAGAGCGAGAUUGCGGGCAUCGAGAACGACGAGGCCUUCGCCAUCCUGGACGGCGGCGCCCCGGGGCCCCAGCCACACGGCGAGCCGCCGGGAGGUCCGGAUGCUGUUGAUGGGGUAAUGAAUGGCGAAUACUACCAGGAAAGUAAUGGUCCAACAGACAGUUAUGCAGCUAUUUCACAAGUGGAUCGACUGCAGUCAGAGCCUGAAAGUAUCCGUAAAUGGAGAGAAGAGCAAAUGGAACGCUUGGAAGCUCUUGAUGCCAAUUCUCGGAAGCAAGAAGCAGAGUGGAAAGAAAAGGCAAUAAAGGAGCUAGAAGAGUGGUAUGCGAGACAGGACGAGCAGCUACAGAAAACAAAAGCAAACAACAGGGUGGCAGAUGAAGCUUUCUACAAACAACCCUUCGCUGACGUGAUUGGUUAUGUCACAAACAUAAACCAUCCUUGCUACAGCCUAGAACAGGCAGCAGAAGAAGCCUUUGUAAAUGACAUUGACGAGUCGUCCCCAGGCACUGAGUGGGAACGGGUGGCCCGGCUGUGUGACUUUAACCCCAAGUCCAGCAAGCAGGCCAAAGACGUCUCCCGCAUGCGCUCAGUGCUCAUCUCCCUCAAGCAGGCCCCGCUGGUGCACUGAAGAGCCACCCUGUGGAAACACUACAUCUGCAAUAUCUUAAUCCUUCUCAGUGAAGCUCUUCACAGUCAUUGGAUUAAUUAUGUUGAGUUCUUUUGGACCAAACCUUUUUGUCUUUAGAAUUGAUCAUUGUUUGUGAUUGCAUGUUUCCUUCAACUAUGUUCUCCCUGGCAUUCAGAGGAGGGGGAGGAAGAGAAAGGGAGGAAAGCCCAACAGUAGCCUCAGCCUGUGCUUUUGUGCAUUAUUCUGAGAAUAAAUUUCUGUUUCAAACU